AAACUCACGUGAGUGCAUUUUCCAGAAACCUCAAUUAUCUAAUUACACUAUUCCUCUCUCUCUCUCACACCCAAUGACAGAGCUAACCACCAGCACCACCGUGUCUUCUCAAACUCCGCCGUCACCACCGCAACCGCUCAUCCCUAACCUCCCAGAUGACAUCUCACUCCAUAUCCUGGCCAAAGUCCCCCGCUCUCACCACCCAUAUCUUUCCUUGGUGUCGAAAUCCUGGCACUCUACUAUAUCCUCCCCCGUACUUUUCAACACCCGAUCUGCUCUCGGCACCACCCAGACUUCCCUUUACCUCAAUCUCCGCAUAAACUCAUCCUUCCACUGGUAUUCCCUGAAACCCAAAGAUAAAAACCUUAUCCUUCUCCCUUCUAUCCCAUCCGAUUUGGGCCGCCAGCCAAUUGGGUCUUCCUUCUGCGUCCUAGGCCCGAAAAUCUACAUUAUCGGUGGCUCCAUUCAUGAUAUUCCGUCGAAUAAUGUGUGGGUUUAUGAUUGUCGAUUCAAUAAGUGGGAAAUGGGCCCCAAGAUGCGGGUGGCCAGGGAAUUCGCCGCCGCUGGGACAUGGAAUGGAAAAACCUAUGUUAUGGGAGGGUGCGUAGUUGAUAAUUGGGCCCGUUCGAUGAACUGGGCUGAGGUUUUUGACCCAAAAAUCGAGUCUUGGGUCCGGGUGCCGAGCCCAAUUGAGGUGAGGGACAAGUGGAUGCACGCGAGCGCCGUGAUUGGGAAUAGGAUUUACGCGAUGGCAGAUAGGGGUGGGGUAGUGUACAAUGCCGAGUCCGGGCAGUGGGGGAAUGUUCCAAAGAGGCUUGACUUGGGGUGGAGGGGUCGAGCCACUGUGGUGGGUAAUGUCUUGUAUUGCUAUGAUUAUUUGGGCAAGAUUCGAGGGUAUGAUGUGGAGAAGGAUGCUUGGAAGGAGUUGAAGGGGGUCGAAAAGGAUUUGCCCAAGUUUUUGUGUGGUGCAACAAUGGUGAAUUUGGAUGAGAAGUUGGGCGUGGUGUGGGAAGGGAAGGGGAGCGGAAAGGAGGUGGAGAUUAUGUGUGCAGAGAUCGAGGUAAAGAAGGAUGCAGACGGUGAUUUGAGAGGGACUAUUUUGUGGUCUGAUGUGAUUCUUGUUGCUCCUAAUGGGGCUUCAAUUGUGCAAUGCUUGGCCGUUGAGUUCUGAUGCUUUGAACCAACUAGUGACUGCAUAUUUAGUACUGGACUGUAUCAUAGAACUUACAGAUGUGGUACAAUGAAGCUGGAUCUCUGGUGGUGGUGGUGGUGGUGGAUAUUGAUAACAAAUGGUGGUAUGUGUCGGGUGGUAGUUUGAGUAAUCAUAAAGAAAUAGUAUAAUAUAACCCAAUAAAUGCCUUCUCUGAUCUGGUUUGCAGCUAGUUGGCUGGCCAAAUAUUGGCUCUUUACAGAUUUAUCAUGGUGCACUCAAAAAAAAGUUUCAUUGAA